UCUGUAGACUGUUGCUGCCUCUACCAACCAUUUUCCACCACUCGUAAAACACCCCUAUCUGCUUACGGAAAGCCAGCAAAAUCUUUUGCGUAUUAAACACCCAUUACAAGGCUUCCCCAUUCAAGAAGCCAACUGGGUCAUCACUCUCCCUCUGUAUAUCUUCACUCAAGGUAAUUCCGGCAAAACCCACCGGCCAUCCGCCGUUCCUGAGCUGAAAAUGGCACAUAUCUUGGCACCCACUACGCAAUGGCAGAUGAGAAUCACAAAGAAUUCUGCAAAUGCGAGUCCUAUGACAGCAAAGAUGUGGGGUUCUCUGUUGUUGAAACAAAACAAGAAAGGGUCAUCUAAGAGCUCAGCUAAGUUUCGGGUUUUUGCCACGAAGUCGGAGAACAGCACUGUCAACAGAAUAGAAAAACUACUAAAUUUGGACCUCACUCCAUAUACUGACAAAAUCAUUGCUGAAUAUAUUUGGAUUGGAGGGUCCGGAAUUGAUCUGCGUAGCAAGUCAAGGACAAUUUCCAAGCCUGUUGAACAUCCAUCUGAGCUUCCUAAGUGGAAUUAUGAUGGAUCAAGUACUGGUCAAGCUCCGGGUGAAGAUAGUGAAGUAAUUCUAUACCCUCAAGCGAUCUUUAAGGACCCUUUUCGUGGUGGUAACAACAUCUUGGUAAUUUGUGAUGCAUACACACCAGCAGGUGAGCCUAUCCCAACAAACAAACGCCACAGGGCUGCUGAGAUCUUCACUAACAAGAAGGUCGCAGAUGAAGUUCCUUGGUAUGGAAUAGAGCAAGAGUACACCUUACUACAACAAAAUGUGAAAUGGCCAUUAGGUUGGCCUGUUGGAGGCUAUCCUGGUCCUCAGGGUCCUUACUACUGUGGUGCUGGGGCAGACAAAUCAUUUGGCCGUGACAUAUCAGACGCCCAUUACAAAGCUUGCUUAUAUGCCGGAAUUAACAUCAGUGGUACAAAUGGGGAGGUUAUGCCUGGCCAGUGGGAGUAUCAAGUAGGACCUAGUGUGGGAAUUGAAGCUGGAGAUCAUAUAUGGUGUUCCAGAUACAUUCUUGAGAGAAUUACUGAACAAGCUGGUGUUGUUCUCUCACUCGAUCCAAAACCAAUAGAGGGUGAUUGGAACGGUGCAGGAUGCCACACAAAUUACAGUACAAAGAGCAUGAGGGAGGAUGGAGGCUUUGAAGUUAUAAAGAAGGCAAUUUUGAAUCUGUCACUUCGCCAUAAAGAUCAUAUCAGUGCCUAUGGAGAAGGAAAUGAGAGAAGGUUGACAGGAAAGCAUGAAACAGCCAGCAUUAACACAUUUUCUUGGGGAGUGGCUAAUCGUGGAUGCUCCAUCCGUGUUGGACGUGAAACUGAGAAGCAAGGCAAAGGGUACUUGGAAGAUCGGCGUCCAGCUUCAAACAUGGACCCUUAUAUUGUGACCUCGCUACUGGCUGAAACUACAAUAUUAUGGGAACCAACACUGGAGGCUGAAGCUCUAGCUGCUCAGAAGCUGGCACUGAAUGUUUAAAGUUGAUUGGUUCAACGUAAUCUGAAGGCAUUCGGGAGUGGAUUCACAGGGAAUUAGUUAAUCCUCAUGCAGUGAACCUUUUUCCCUUCUAGAUUGGUUAGAGCAGAUUUAUUGUAAAUUAGGGAUCUUGGAGUGAGGGGUCGUACAUGCCCAGGCAUGUAGAAUUGCAGAUGGAAUACUUCUUAUGCACCAUCAUAAAUAGAUUUGUUAGAUUAUAUAUAUGCAUGUUACUUGGGA